UUGCGUUAAUCCGUUUCCCUAGCCCGGAGCCAGAUUUCCCUCCCUCCCUCCCUGGUCUACCGCCUAUCCAAACGAAGCAACAAAACGGGCGUGAGAGGAGACGAUGCUUUCCCCCUACACUUGCUCAACUUCCUUGGCAAAAUCAUUUCUAUUUCAAUCCUCGCCUCCUUUGUCCUGCUUCUCCCCUAGAAACCCCAGAACUCCCUCCAGCGCCUUGAGAAUAUGCUUCGUAGCCAGUUCCAGUUCUGGUUCCACAAAUUCCGAUGAAGACCAAGAAGACCUCGCCGGCCGCAGAGCCAAUUUCGGCGGACUUCAGUUAGAGGAUACCGUGUCUAUCAAUUCAGGUAAGCUGAGGCUUGAUUCAUGGAUAUCUUCUCGCAUUGGUGGAAUCAGUAGGGCUCGCGUCCAGUCAAGUAUUCGCUCCGGCCUCGUUACUGUCAAUGGUCGCGUUGUAGAUAAGGUCUCGCAUAACGUCAAAACUGGGGAUAAGGUGAAUUGCACUAUUUCAGAGUUGCAACCCUUAAGGGCCGUGCCGGAAGACAUACCUUUGGAUAUAGUUUUUGAAGAUGAGCAUGUACUAGUUGUUAACAAACCUGCACACAUGGUUGUUCAUCCAGCACCUGGGAAUGCGACUGGCACUCUUGUAAACGGAGUUCUUCAUCAUUGCAGUCUUCCGUUGGUUGCAUUUUCAAACGAGGAAUUUCUUUCUGAGGCUGAGGAUAAUUCUGAUGCUGAGUUGAGCAGCUUUUCUACAGGGGAAAAUCCUAACGAUGGGCUUUAUUCCAGAAGAAGUGGGGCAUCUAUACGCCCAGGGAUUGUGCACAGAUUGGACAAAGGCACUAGUGGAUUACUUGUUGUUGCAAAGGAUGAACACUCUCAUGCUCAUUUAUCUGAACAAUUCAAGCUACAUACCAUCCAAAGAUUAUACGUUAGUCUUACUUCCGGAGUGCCAUCUCCAAUGGCUGGACGGGUCGAGGUUCCUAUUGGUCGUGAUUUAAAUAAUCGGAUUCGCAUGGCAGCUAUAUCUGGAUCAAAUAUUUCUAGACAGGCCCGUCAUGCUGCUAGUAGGUACAAAGUAAUUGAAAUACUUGCUGGUGGCGGUUCUGCAUUGGUAGAGUGGAGAUUAGAAACUGGACGCACUCAUCAGAUUCGUGCACAUGCGAAGUACUUGGGAAUUCCACUUUUAGGUGAUGAGGUGUAUGGAGGGACCAAGAGCAUGGCUUUAUCACUGCUUCGGCCUAGAACCCCACCUAGCCGUCAUGGGCAACUUUUGCAACUGGUUUCUCAAUUGGAGAGGCAUUGCCUCCAUGCCUUGGCUCUUGGGUUCAUGCAUCCACACACAAUGGAGAAUGUAUACUUUCAAUGCCCUCCACCUGCAGAUUUUGCUGAGAUCCUGGGCCAGCUUCGUAAAAUCAGCACAGUGAAGCAUUCAUUUGAGGAAUGAUUGAAAUUGAUAUAGCAAGCUUACGGUGUUGUCACAGUGUCAAUAGCCAACUUUGGAUUGGUGAGGUAAGGAAGAUUCUUCAAUCUUGUAAAUCAUGCGCAUUUCCAACGCCUAAAGCUGUACCUGCGUCUAGGGGGGAAACCAUUGCUCGCUAAACUAAACUAAAGUUUUAUGGGCCACACCCCCCCGGGCCCAUCACACUCACCGAAAGAAUCGUUCUCGAAUAAAUAAUUGUUCAAGGAAUAUUGUUUUAUGAAUGUUUCAUACCUGAUGUUAUCCUGCAUGUAGAUAGAUUAUUUUGAUGAAACAGGACUUUUGUGGGUUUUGUGCAACAACCCUGUGAAGGGAUUUUUGCUAUUUAAAACCCCUUCUAGAACCUGUUAUACUGUUGUGAAUUGAAUCUUAUGGUAAAAUGUGGGUAAAGACUUGCUCUCCAUUGAGAGGCAUACUUCCCUGUUUGUAA